CCCGCGCCGCCAGCCAGUGUCGCUCAUCCCCACCCACCGCGGGCUACCCGCCCCGCGAGCCAGCCCCAGGAUAAAGUGGCGGUGCAGACGCCGCGCCCUGUCGCCACGGAGUCGGCGGCGCGCAGCUCGGCCCGGCCCUGGCCCGCCGCAGACCAGGACCCGUGGCGCGCCGGGAACACGACAGCGGCGCUCGUGGCCCGGGAAAAGUGAUGACACGAACUAGUCGUGGAGGAUCGCAGGCGCCUGUUCCCCCCCACCCUGGGGAAGGAGGGGAGCACCGGAGAGCUUGUCAGUGAGAACUGGAAGCAGACUCCCGAGCUCCGCACCCCUAAAGCCCGAAAGACAGGAUCUGGGAGCAGGGCGCGGAAUAGGGGACAGAGGCUCAGGCUGCUUGAUGCCGUGCUGUGACCGUGGCGAUGAGGGAACAGCCCUUAUUGCCUGGCUCUGAUUCUCAAGGCUGUCGUGGUUGUGGAAUGCAAAAGCCAGGACAUGAUGGAAACAGGACUUGGAGAUCCUUUCAAAAUGCCGGAAGAAAGUUCUCCCAGGCGAACGCCGCAGAACGUUCCAUACCAGGACCUCCCUCACUUGGUCAAUGCCGACGGACAGUACCUCUUCUGUAGGUACUGGAAACCUGAGGGCACUCCCAAGGCCCUUGUUUUUGUGUCCCAUGGAGCUGGGGAGCACUGCGGUCGCUAUGAUGAGCUGGCUAAGAUGCUGGUGGGGCUGGAACUGCUGGUGUUCGCUCAUGACCAUGUUGGCCAUGGACAGAGCGAAGGGGAGAGGAUGGUAGUGUCCGACUUCCACGUUUUCAUCAGGGAUGUGUUACAGCACGUGGAUACUGUGCAGAAAGACUACCCGGGGCUUCCUGUCUUCCUUCUGGGCCACUCCAUGGGAGGUGCCAUCGCCAUCCUCACAGCCGCAGAGAAGCCAGGCCACUUUUCCGGCAUGGUUCUCAUUUCACCUUUGGUUCUGGCCAAUCCUGAGUCCGCAACAACUUUCAAGGAUUAUCCGAAGAACUUGCUCAAAAUGGCAUCAAGAAUGGUACUACCUUGGAUUCCACAUUCUGUAUGGGUUCUUGCUGCAAAAGUUCUCAACCUUGUCCUGCCAAACAUGUCCCUGGGCCCGAUCGAUGCCAGCGUGCUCUCUCGGAAUAAGACGGAGGUGGAUCUUUACAUCACAGACCCCCUCAUCUGCAGGGCAGGACUGAAAGUGUGCUUUGGCAUCCAGCUGCUCAAUGCUGUCUCGCGGGUCGAGCGGGCCCUCCCCAAGCUGACCUUGCCCUUCCUGCUGCUCCAGGGCUCUGCUGACCGCCUGUGCGACAGCAAAGGGGCCUAUUUGCUCAUGGAGUCUGCCAAGAGCCAGGACAAGACACUCAAGAUUUACGAAGGUGCCUACCAUGUUCUCCACAAAGAGCUUCCUGAAGUAACCAACUCUGUCUUCCAUGAAAUAAACAUGUGGAUCUCUCAAAGGACAGCGGCAGCGAGAACAGGGUCCCCGCCCUGAGGGCACUGUCCAGGCAGCUGUCCCACAGUUGGGGAAGUGGGCACAGGAAGGGCAGGAGCUGGCUUCUCAGAUGUGGCUUGCAAAAAAAAAAACAAAAACCAAAAAACAAACUAACAAAAAAACAAAAUCAUAAAUUGGAGGAAUCCCUAACAUAAUUUACUAAAGAAAAAAAAAGACAUUCUUGUCACAGAUGUUAGGCUGUCUGUCACUGGAUCUCCCUUAAAGGGUAGACGUUAAAACAGAGGAGGGUCAAAGGCAGUUUUCCAGAGAUGGACCGUGCUGGACAUAGCACAGCCUCUUCCCUGCCUCUCCUAGCUCCUGCAAGGGUCCCAGGAAUUCCUGGUGUUCCAGGACACCUGACUGCAAUAAUUGGAGGAGUCCCCCUCCUGUUCACCCCUCCAGUCCCACCCCCACACCGCCCCACCUGCCUCACUCUGUGGCUUUUCUCUGACCGUGGUGGGAUUGGGAUGGCUGGCGUCAGCUUGCUGGGCAACUCAUGUGCCCUCAGAGGCCCAGAAAAUGCCUGGCACUUCCUCAUAAUGCAUGGCCCCCCAUGACCCAUGGCGGCUCCUUGUCAGUGGGAGCCGGGCUUUCAGGGAACGGCCUUGGCCCAGAGAGAGAAGUUGGCAGGAGACCGUACCCCACCCUUCCCACCAGGGAACCUGAAGCUGCCCACUGAGAACUGUGUGUUCAGGGGCUGCUAUUCCUUACGUGACUCAUUUUACCUGACGUGAUGAGAGAAUGAUUGUAUUGAAGAGGAAAUCUCUAAUAGAAAAUGUUUAUUCUAAAGCUAUUUGGGUGGGUGGAACCAAGGGGGCUUGGAGGCACAAGAGCCUGAUGUCUCUGCUCAGGAUCGAGACAAGCUGGCCAGGGACCCUGUGCGCCAGGCGCCAAGGCGCAGCCCCCGGGAGGGAGGGCCUGGCGCGCCAGCAGUGGCAGUGGCAGGCUCGUCCCUGGUCCCUGCCUGCCUGGGCCCACAGCUGCCCUGGGAGCUUGGUGCCGGCAGCAUAGCUACCUCUGGUGGCAGGAGAAGGGAGUCCCAACUCUGGGGCCCUGCAGCCCUGAGGCCGCAGCAGCGCGGGCAGGUGAGGCUGACUGACAGGGCCUUUCCCAGCCAAGGCCCUGCAGCACCCGACCAGCGUUUUUCAGGUGUCAACCCCCGCAACCCGUGGCCCUCACUUAGUGUCAGCAAUAAACAGAGAUCACCAGUCACCGCUGGAAUACCUUCCUUCUCAAUGGGACUUGCUGUGACCUCACAAGGCUCCUUAGUGCAACUAUGACCGUGGCAGGGGGGCAGGGAAGGGUGAGGGUGGCAGAGCUACUGGAACCCCAUGGAAAGUGCAGGCAGGGGUCCCAGGCUGUAGAAGAGGCGGCUGCUCCCCGACAGAGCCUCUGACACUAGCAGUUGGGGCUCCCGCCCCUCGUCCUCCAGCAGCAAAACUGCUGCCCCUCACCCACACCCUGUUCUUAAGGGGCUUUUUCUUGGCCCCUCCACCCUCCCUCCAGGGAUCUGCCCACACCAUGUCAGAGCUAGAACUGAUCCCCCUCCGAUAGGCAGCGCAGUCAUGCUUGCCAAGGGCCCAGGUUUGUGAGGUGAAGCUCCCAGGCACCCACCCCAUGGAGGGCAGGGCCCAGGUCCCCACAGAGAGCAGCUUCCAUUGCUCCAUCGUAUUUGUCUGGCUUCUCUUUGAGGGAGGAAAAGUGUAAGAAAUGCACUGAGAGAGAAGGUCGGCUCACGUUCAGCUGGCAGCUGUAUGAAUGUUUGUGCUCCUCAGCUAAGGAAAAGCAGAAACUACACUGCAAAUUCCCAAACCCGUAAGAUGUCCAUGAGCCUAGACCUGGAAUUCUCACUGGAGCUGUGAUAGCUCAGGUCACACAAAGCCCCACACCUCCCAGCCACCCCACCCCCACUCCACCUCUCCCAGAAGCAUGUGAUGGCAACACCAUUUCCCAAAUUAAAUAUCAGGCACAUGGUUUGACCAGGAAUCUUUUGGAUGCAUGAAUUUAUAUGAUAGCUGUUACAGAGACAAAUUUAGUCACACAUAUCUGUUUUAAGAAUUGCCUAUGUUACAAAGAAAAAAAAUAUUUGAAACCGGGACUGACUCUUAAUCUAGGAGAGGGGACAGGACGGAACCAUGUCACGCCUGCCUAAUGAAGAAGGGGUCAGCUCAAGAGCCAGACAUCAGUUGUGUCUGGAGUUUUACCUGGGGCACUCCAGGAGAACUGUGCGAGCCUCCGGUUGAGUUCACACUCAAAGUUUACAGCUCGGUGUUGAUAUCCGGAGCUUCAAAGUUGUGCCAUGGCAGCAGAGCAGACGCGCUGGGCUUGGAAGGGAAGCUAGAUCACACACAACCUGGCCUUGGAAAGGUGAGAGAAGGGCAAAGGCCAGCCAUGGAGGAGACCCCAGAGAUGCAGCUGACCCAAGUCCAUCUAGGGGGAUGGAUACAUCGGGAUACUAGGCUGAAGCACUGAUGUGAAUACAUCUUCCCCUGCAACCUAGAGGUCAUGCUGGUCCAUACAGAAAUGGGUUUCAUGCCUGAAUAUCUUCCUUGGCAAAGAUGCCACCUGCAGUCAGUGGGAGUCCCAACCCCAACGGGCCCCAUUUCUUUGCAGGGAUGGGGGAUGGAUGGGCAGCCUCCCUGUCGCCCAGUGGCAACUCCAGCUUCCUCCUCUGCUUCUGGGAGGCACUGGGGCUCAAGGCGAGAGCGUAAAAGGGUGCUCUGAACACCCACCUGACUCUGCUCAGCAUCCCAUGUCAAAGCCCUCAGCUACCUUUUCUAUCUCUCACCAUACUGACAUAAACCCAUUAGGAUCACAAUGAUUUUCCAAGCAAUUCACCUGUUUGCUAUUAUCACUGCAGCUUGACAUAUCCCUACAUGUAUGCUCUUAGUGGGGACACGUGUAUCAGUUUAGAACUAUUAAAGGAACCAAUGUAUGCCACAGCUAAUCCUAAUAAACCAGAUGUUUUCUGAA